AUGGAUGAGGGAUAUCGUCUCACGUCAAAUGCUCUAUCAGAUACCGGAGAAGGCUUUUCGACCUCAAAAUCCUUGUUGAAAUUAGGCUUGGCCGAGACGCCUGGAUUGACAACAUAUGCUGGUUUUUAUGAGGUUUGCUCCCCCCAAAAGGGAGAAACUGUCUUUGUUUCAGCUGCUUCUGGAGCAGUUGGUCAGCUUGUUGGCCAAUUUGCAAAGAUGCUUGGUUGCUAUGUUGUUGGUAGUGCUGGAACCAAAGAGAAGGUUGAUCUGUUGAAGGGAAAGGUUGGUUUUGAUGAAGCUUUUAACUACAAAGAGGAGCAAGACUUAGAUGCAGCUUUGAAGAACCCGAUAUUGGUUUGUAUUAGGUACUUCCCUGAUAGAAUAGACAUUUACUUUGAGAAUGUUGGAAGGAAGAUGCUUGAUGCAGUUCUUGUGAAUAUGAAACUCCAUGGCUGUAUUGCUGUGUGUGGGAUGAUCUCGCAAUACAACCUUGAGCAGACUGAAGGAGUGCACAACUUGUUCUGCCUCAUCACAAAACGAAUCCGCAUGGAAGGAUUUAUUGUUCCUGACUACGAUCAUCUCUACCCUAAAUAUUCGGAAAUGAUCAUUCCACAAAUAAAGGUUGGUAAGGUUGUGUACGUGGAAGACGUAGCUGAAGGUCUCGAAAGAGCUCCCAGUGCUCUAGUUGGUCUCUUCUCUGGUCGCAAUAUUGGUGGUUUCGCGUGAAUGAACGUUAGUAAUUGUUUACAUGGUGGUUGAUGUGUCAGUUCUUUUAACUAAACUCAGUUCCAGAUUUAGUAGAGAUAUUGUGUUUGCUUGAUCAGUAUGAGAUACACGUGUUCGGAGACAGUAUAAUUAAGUAUAAAAAUGAUCAUGUCAUAGCUAGAUUGGUCAAUUGGUUUGUGGUCCAUUGCAAAUUUGUUUUUAUAAGUGUUAUGUUCUUUAUAUAAGAGAUCUAUAAAUUUGCACAUGAGGUCUGAGUAUAACACAAAAGAUUCUAGAAGGUUAUUUUUUUUCGUUCAAAUUUUAUA